ACAUGACAAAUUCUGAUCUCAUGUAAGGAAAAGGAAAUUACUGUGAGGGUUGUAAAAUACUGAAUCAGGUGCCCAGAGAGGUUGUGGAACCUCCAACCUUGGAGGCGUUCAAAACUUGGCUGGACCCAGCCCUCAAUUAGUACAUUAGUUGUGCGUGACUAUACACAAGUAAGUUUUUGACUAAAAUUGAUGUGUGUAUCUCAUCUGUUACAGGUUUGUAGCUGGAUGUUUUAAACAAAAGGUUUUCUUUGUGCUUCAUAUUACCUGUUGGAUAGGCAAACAGAGUCUGUAGAAUUUCAAGUCUGAAUAAAUGUAAGCAUUAGCCACUGAAUGGAAAAAAAAGUGUACCUUUCCAGACUGAGGAAGAAGUUUCCUUCACUGAAUCUGGGGGAAGGUAGAGGGAAAAGCUUAAAGGUGACUGUUCUUCUGAGGAUGAUGUGCAUUCCAGGCUAUUCCAAACAAACUGAACUUGCACUCCUUGUUAGAUCUUCUCCAUGGAUGUCUUGAAGAUCUGGUAUUUUGGUGGUGAUGUAGUCAUCCAUUUGAGUGGGGCACUGAAGAGAACAGGUUUGGUGACGGCUGUAAAUACAAUGUCAGGUUUUACUCUGUGGGAAACAAUAGUUAUCUGUUAAAAAGAGGAAUAUAGAAGUAUAACUUGCAAUGUAGACAUAUAACUAGAAACAGUUCACAUUUAAUAGGAACAUUAAUUUCUUUAGCUCUCUUGCGUUUCAAAAAAUAAAACAGAUGUACCAAGGUCUGCUUAAAAUCCCAGUCUGACUUGAGCUCCAGCCCUCUGUCCCUUUCUGAGAAGAUCCCAUUUUGGAAUACACCAGCCUAAGAGCUCAAGCUUGUGCAGAUGUUCUGGCAUUAGCCAAAGAAGCUAGAAAGCGAAAUCUUGGUCCUCUUCAUCCUUCCUUUAAUGUGGUAAAGAUUAUAAGAGAUGGACUGAUGAGAAAUCUUCCAGAAAAUACUCACCAGUUGUCAUCGGGCAGACUGUGUAUUUCACUAACCAGAGUAUCAGAUGGUAAAAAUGCAUUGAUAUCUAAUUUUAACUCUAAAGAAGAAGUUGUCCAGGCUUUAAUCUGUAGUUCAUUUGUUCCUAUUUAUUGUGGCCUAAUUCCACCAUCAUUUAGAGGUGUGCGUUAUGUGGAUGGAGGAAUCAGUGACAACUUACCUCACUAUGAAUCUAAGAACACCAUCACAGUUUCACCUUUUGCUGGGGAGUGUGAUAUCUGCCCAAAGGGCAACUCUGCCAACUUUCAUGAAAUGAAUUUGACCAACACCAGCAUUCAGCUCAGUUUGGGGAACCUUUAUCGUCUAACACAAGCACUCUUUCCACCAGAACCUAAGGUACUAGGAGAGAUCUGCGAGCAAGGUUAUUCAGAUGCUCUUAAAUUCUUGAGAGAGAAUGGUAUUCUGAAUGACUCAAUUUAUAUCCAGUUGUCCUUCACAAAAAGAAAUCUUAAUGAGGGUGCACAACACAUUGACAAUAGGAAGAAAAAAAAAUUGACAGAAGAUUGCAGACCAGAAACUUUGAAAAUGGAAGUACUUAAUGACCAGCUGAAGCAAAACCCCUGGCCUUUGGAGAAGAGCAUAUUUGAGAGUCUACCUCCUAGACUUCGUAAAGCACUGCAGGAAGCUUGUAAAGAACAGAAUGGAUUCUAUGCUCAGUUCUCUAAACUCUUCCCAAUGCGGGUGAUAUCAUAUCUGAUGCUACCAUAUACGCUACCAGUAGAGUCUGCUUACUCUGUUGCUUUACGGUUAGUAAACUGGUUUCCUGACAUGCCUGCUGAUGUUCGAUGGAUGCAAGAACAGCUUUGUCGGAUUGCUGGUACAGUUUAUUCGCAGGCUAAAAGCAAGCUAUUCUGUACAUCCAGGAAAGACAACUAUGCAUCACUAAGAAAAUGUCAAACUGUCCCAUCUACUAUGGAAUUUCUUUCUUCAUACUGCCGCCUUAAAAUGCCUCACUCUUCUGCAGACCUUGAAACCUGGCUCUGGGAAUCUUCAUGCUUCAUGCACUCAGCUAUGAAAAAUGAUUCUGCUAACAUGCAGGAGCAUUCAGACUUAAACUCCUAUCCUAAUUUUCUCCCAAAUUCUGAUGAGUCUGGGUUAGAAAUAGAUUUUGACUCUUCCUCAGAGACAAGCUUCCAAACUGCUCCAGAGUAUUAAUUUGGAAGUAGAUCCCACAGUUUCCAAAAUUCCAAUUUGGCAGAGAAAUUUCAAUCUUAAAGGACUAAAGACCACUUUCUUUAUUGCCAAUAAGUCUUGGGAAAUUAUUUGUUUACAGCUUCCUGACAAAUCUGCCUUGGGAAUUCCACUGUUUUAAGGAUUAUAAAAACAGUAGCUGCUAUACUAAGUAACAGACUACAAUUUUGUCAAAGCACCAGCUCAAUUAACUGUAGUAAGAUUUGUAAUAAACAUUGUCUCUCUGGAAAUAAAUAAAAAAAAAAUCUUUCAGCAUAAAAAUGUAAAUUCUCUAAACAGAUUGUUAGACAAACAAGCAUUGAUAACAAAGCUUUUUUAAAAUACAAUUCUUAAUAUUAUGUGGUAGGAUUCCUUUUAUAGCACUUAAAUGAAAUUAGACUUUUAUUUCAUAAAGGGAAAUAUACAAAUGAGCUUUUUAGUGGCCUCCGGUGUCCAUUUGCCUUAUGUUUAGUAAACACUGUUGUGUUUAUGGAAAAGUAGUCUGCUUAAGAUACUGUAGGAACAGUAGUAUUCUAGGUUGUUGUAUGUAUUCCACAGUUCACAUUGCUUCUCCUCUAUGGUUCUUUCACUGUGCAAAUACUUGAAGGGAAAAAGACAUAAGAAAUGGGACAGGUUCCCCUGAAGUGUAAACAGGUACAGUUUCAGUAAUUUCAGAGGACUUUUUCUGUGAUUAAUAAGGGCUUAAUACUCAACAAAGUGGGUCAAAUAGUGACUGUAAUUAGAAGCAAACAGUAAUUUGAGAAGGUGUUAAACUUUACAGAAGACACUAACAAAAAUCAGUGUAUAGCAAGUGGUGAAUGAUGUUUAGGUUUUCUCUGUGAUUGCUGCCCAAUCAUUCUCAAUCACCUUUUUCCCUCUAACUUGAGAGAUUUUUCUUCUCUUCUUUCACUUCCCUCUUGCUAAAGGAGGGAAGAUAAAAGGGAUCCCUCCUUUCUCAGUGAGGUAUGAUAACCCAAAGGAACUUGACCAAUUGCUAAAAGAAUCAAACAUGUAAGACUCAGUGGGAGUAUCAGUAUUUAGGGAGCUCUGUGAAAGUCUCAAAUAAUGGGUUGAAAGUCAGCCAAAUUGUAUCUGUAUUGAGUGAUGGGCACUUUAAACACUUUCCACUACAGAGAUUCUGCAUAAUUUUAAUGAAGACAAUGCAUUAGUGUAUGAAUACAUCAGGAGAAGUAACUAACUUUUAAGGUUAACUACUCUUUUGAUGUUUUGUUCUGAUGUCUUGUACAAUUUUUUUAAAAAUAGGAAACAGUGAUGGCUUUGAAGCUGAGUUUGCGCAUGUGUUUGAGGGCAGAUGUGUGACAUGUGAAAGCUGCUCAUUCAAAAAUAUAAAUUCUCUGUAACUCCGGUGCAGCCCAGGGCAGACACUAUAGAUGCUUACUGGGAGUAUCUUGUACAACGAGCAGCAGUGAUUAGGUUGUGAUGCUCAGAAGAAAGAACUCUGGAGUGUGAACUUCAGUAUUCAGAAGUCUGUCAAAUAGCAAAAUGUAGCAUUUUGAAUUGGAACAGCUUUUAGGCAGUUUCUCAGUUGCGAUUUCCCUAAGCUUGAAAUGCUAAAUUUUACAAUGUUAAAAUUGAUUUUUAGAAUGGUGGGGGACAGGGGAGAAAGUGUCAGGCUAUCCGUUUCUGUACCACAGAAGACUGGUGCUAUUUUACGUCAGCUCUUUUGUUAAUUUCUUCUGUGUAUGUAUCUUCAAAUUUGCAAGAAGAAUUGGAAAUGUUACUCUAACUACAAUUAAAAGAUAUGAGGUCUGGUUUACAUUGUCUGUCUUCUAUAGCUUUAAACUUUCUAUAAUUUAAUUUUAUAAUGUUCUGCAAGAAGUUAGUUUUACCAGUACAUCUUAAACUUCAAGCAGGAAUGCCAAGUUUUGCUUCCUUACUGUGUACUGGAAUAGUUCUAUUAACUACAUUUAAAUCAACCUUAACCACUUCUGUUGUGCACAGCUGAUUUUUGUCUCCCUUUUUCUAAAAGAAGACAAUCUCUUCUGUUACUGUGUUUUCUAAGCUUUCUUGGGGGUAAUAUACCUAGUGUAAGUUAAAUCAGAAUGUGUUAAUUUCAUUGACUAUUAAAGCUUUAAUGGUUGUGA